GUGUCCAAUCCAUGUUACUAUCCUGCGGGUGAAGCAAAACAACUUCUUUUGACAGUUUUUUUGGCCUCGACAUUUGAUGUUUUGUGGAUUUCAGCAACUGAAAGAAUGGAGAAUGCGGACACUUUGCUCGGUUAACGAAACAGAGGAAGCUGUACACUGGUUACUCAGCUAACUGUAGGCUACUGUAGUAUUAGUGUAAUCUAUCUGACUUUGCAGCUAACGGCAGCUAUGUUUUCCAGCAUGUGGCUAGCAAGCGGUCGUCGUGAGUGCGUGAUCAGUCACCACAUUUCGUAGCUGUUGUGGUGUAGUUUUAUGGCUGAUAGUGCGGGAUGUGUCUGAUGUCACUGUGCACAUCACCAGUAAAUAGAGUUAGCUUUUUUUUUACAGGGGAGUUUGGAAAUCAUAGGCCUUCACACUAACCGAACUUUGAAAGGACAUCAAAGCUUCGAUAAACGCAGCGGCACAGUCAAGGUCCGAUGACUUUAUUACAGGGUAGCUUGUCACGUUACUUUACUCGUUGAGUGUGACUGAGCCACCCGCUACUGACCCAUUUGGCAAAUGGGAUUGAAUGGCUUAGCCAAGUAAAUAACUGUGCAUCUGCCUUUUAUUUUUGUGUUAACAGUUGUGCAUACUAGCAAGCUAACGUCAACUGUGGAAGUGCUUAGGACGUGUUAAAUCGCUUUAUUUUCUGGAAACGCACCAUGGGAGACAACGGCGAUAUGAACGCUAACCAAAACUGCCACGCUACGGGAGACCCCCAGUUGGAUAAGGCCAUUUACCAGUGGAUCACCUGGGACAGGAAUGCGCUGACGCGGGCGCAGAUCGAGGUGCUGUCGGGGGAGGAGAACGUUCCGGAGCUGCGGAAGAGGCUGUGCUCCAGGAUGGCGUUCGGAACGGCGGGCCUGAGGGCGGCCAUGGGGGCGGGGUUCUCCCGCAUCAACGACCUCACCGUCAUCCAGUCCACACAGGGCAUGUACAAAUACCUGUCCAAGUUCUUCCCUGACUUUGGGAGCAGAGGCCUGGUGGUGGGCUACGACACACGCGCCCAGGAGGCCAGUGGGUGCACCAGUGAAAGGCUUGCCAGGCUGACUGCGGCUGUUAUGCUGUGUAAAGACAUCCCCGUGUAUCUCUUCUCCACCUAUGUGCCUACUCCCUUUGUGCCCUACGCUGUGAAGAAGCUGGGUGCGGCAGCAGGGGUGAUGGUCACCGCCUCACACAACCCCAAAGAAGAUAACGGAUACAAGGUGUACUGGCACAACGGGGCGCAGAUCUCGGCGCCGCACGAUAAGGAGAUCCUGCGCUGCAUCGAGGAGAGCGCGGAGCCGUGGCCGGAGUCCUGGAACGAGGGCCUGGCCGACAGCAGCCCGCUGCGCAGCGACCCGCUCGACACCAUCACGCGCCUCUACAUGGACGAGCUCGCCACCGUCUGCUUCCACAGGCAGCUGAACGCUCAGUCCCCCCUGAGGUUCGUGCACUCGUCGUUCCACGGGGUGGCGCACAACUACGUGCAGAAGGCCUUCCAGGCGUGCGGCUUCCCGCCGCCCAUCGCUGUGCCCGAGCAGAAGGACCCCGACCCACACUUCUCCACCGUCACCUGCCCCAACCCUGAGGAGGGGCUCUCUGUGCUGGAGCUGUCCGUUCGGCUUGCGGAGAGAGAGGGGGCUAAGAUCGUCUUGGCCACCGAUCCCGACGCUGACCGCCUGGCUGUGGCCGAGCAGUGUGACACGUGCGGGUGGAAGGCGUUCACUGGGAACGAGCUCGCCGCCCUGCUGGGCUGGUGGAUGCUGUACAACUGGAAGGAGACGCACUCUGACCCCUCGGACACGGAGAAGGUGUACAUGCUGGCCACCACCGUCUCCUCCAAGAUCCUCAAGGCCUUCGCACAGAUGGAGGGCUUCCACUUCGAGGAGACGCUGCCUGGCUUCAAAUGGAUCGGAAACAAAAUUCACGAGUUAGAAAAAACAGGAAACGAGGUCAUCUUCUCGUUUGAGGAGUCUAUUGGGUUCUUGUGUGGAACCAUGGUUCCGGACAAGGACGGCGUGAGCGCCGCGGUGGUGGUGGCAGAAAUGGCCGCGUAUCUCCAUACCAAAAACCUGACGCUGAACCAGCAACUGCAGAACAUCUAUGAAACCUACGGUUACCACAUUUCCAAAACCUCCUACGUCAUUUGCAAUGACCCACCUACGGUGAAGAGAAUCUUCACACGCCUGCGGAACUUUGAAGGGGAGAACGUGUAUCCCAAGUCUUGCGGGGGAUACAACAUUGUGAACGUCCGAGACGUGACCACAGGGUAUGACAGCAGCCGACCUGACCAAAAAUGUGUGCUUCCUGUGACCAAGAGCAGUCAGAUGGUCACCUUCACGCUGCAGAACGGCGUGGUGGCCACCCUGCGCACCAGCGGAACCGAGCCCAAGAUCAAGUUCUACACCGAGUUCUGCGCGCCGCCCGGAAAGAGUGACACCAGGAAUCUGGAGGAAGAGCUGAAAAAAGUCACGUCUGCUCUGGUGGAGGAGUUUCUAGAACCGGACAAAAACAAUCUCAUCCGACGGCGCGUCUAGCGAGGUGAUGUCGUCUGAUGGCCGGCGCUCCCGUAGUUUCCCUCCCAUCAGCUCGUCGUCGUCGUGCCCCAGCGCGCUCCGUUAAGUCCGUGGACGCCAUAUGAAUGUACCGCACUGUGAAAACUCACACUUCACUUUAGCAACUCCCAAAGUGAUCGACAGCUUCUCUUUUUUCAGACAUAAGGUGCCGCUCAUUCAGCGCUUGGACGUCCUUCCUCGCUCCUCGCUCCUCGGGCCUCGAGCCUCACUGAUCUACAUAAAGAAUGAUGGAGCGGCAACAAUGGGAUAGUCUAUCCCUUCUUCUAUCUUUCUUUAUGUAGAUCAGUGAGGAUCGAGGCCCGCGGAGCGAGGGGGGACGUUUAAACGCUGAAUGAGAGGCACCUACUGUAUAGUGUUGCCAUGCUGCUGCUGAACUGGCGUUCAAAACACACCUGUGCACACCUGUGCCCCUCGUUAUCACCUGUGCUGAAGUGGCCCCUCGUUAUCACAUCAGCACAUUAAGUGCUCCAGCCUGCCAUAGUGUGUGAUGCACUCCAUGUAUACGUGUCUCCUUGUACAGGUCACCAAGACAUUAUUUUCUCAUGCGUAUUGUAUUGUAUUGUAUUGUAUUGUAUGUUUGAAGCAUUAUUAAGCUAUUUAAUCUGUUCAGUGAUCUGGGCCGGCUUUCCCAGAUUCGUUAAGAAGCUCUUAAGUGCUACAAGAACUUCUUAGGAGCGUUCUUAGAUUACGUUUUUAGAGCGCUUCUAAGAAGUUCUUAGCACUUAAGAGCUUCUUCACGAAUCUGGGCCACCCGGCCCUGGUUGUGUGAAUAACCCGCGUGCUCACUCACCCACCCACUCCGUUUUCUCCCGGUGCUCCGGCGCAGUCCAGCGCGUGCCUGUGACUGCGUGCGCUGCGCUGUGUGUGUCCGCACGCCUGGGUAUGAAUAGCACUUUCUCUCCCAUACCUCAUGCCACCUGUGUGAUGUACUGUGCUGUGGUGUGUGUGUGUGUGUGUGUGUGUGUGUGUGUGUGUGUGUGUGUGUGUGGAUAUACUCGGUGUGGCAUUGCACUUAUAUGCUCCAGUAGGGGGCGCAAUUCUAGCUCAGAGCACACAACCCACUCCCCCCUUUCACACCCCCCACAAUCACUCACAAGUGUCUAGAAACGACAAUCAGGAGGCGCGCAGUUAGUCUGAAUACACCUUCAGUGUCGCUGCGAACAUACAGGGUCACAGCAGUACAGGGUGGAGAAAGCUUUGCAGUGGAGGCUUGUAGCUGGUCCUCUUGGAGGCUAACGGCAGACAUUUGUAUUGUUGCAUACAAAGCAAUAUCCGCUUGAUAUCGAAUGGAUUCACAACAGUGAUGUGAGUCUCAAAAGCUGAGUGAAUGAGCCAGUGAGUGCUGUAUUGCAAGCACUUAAUACACUUAAUGUUCUCUUAUUUCAAAAAAUGAUUAUUAUUAUUAGCAUCGUUUACCUAUUUAAGUUCAAAUACCACGACAACGAGCCUGCUGUAUCGCUACACCUAACACCUAGCGCUUUAUGCUUGUCCGUAAUAGCAGGACUGAUCAGCUACCUUGAUGUGUGCAGUGCUCAUGUGAUUCAGAACCAUAUAUGUUCUUCCUGUCUGUCUCCAUAGAGACUUGGGUAUAAUCCAUUUCAUUGGUCCAUGACGACCCUGUGGUCUGAGUAUAUUGUUUUGGUCCUGUGUUUGAGUUGUUAAAGCUUUCCUCGGUGCUGUGCUGUCUGUAGACUAGAGUGUAUUAUUUCCAGUAUUAACGAGCAUCACAUGCUGCUCUUGUAGCUGUUGUAAAAUGCUGAAUUCAGUUUUUUUUUUUUAGUCAAGUCAGUUGUUUGUUUGUUUUUUUACUGUGACUUGUACUGUAUCUUUUGAUAUUCCAUGAACAGGAAGUGUUUUAUGUUUGUGGCUUUCCCAGUGUAAACUGAUGUUAUCAUCACCAAAACUUUUGUUAAUAUGAAAUGAGUUUGAAUUUGAUGUAAUGCCAGAUCAUUAUUAUGAUAAAUAAGCCAAAAAUGAUAGAAUAGACUGUAAGCAUUAAGAUAGCAAGCAGAGUAUAUUUUCAAUUAUAUUUUUGGAAGAAAGAUGGAAAAAUAAGAAUGCAACUACUUUUUAGAAGACGGAUAGAAAUUCAUUGUUGUUGAUUUUCUUUCUUUUUCAAUUUGACAGUGGAAUAUUUAUUUUCUGUAUUAUACAGUAAAACUGUCAAUGCCAAAUUG